AUCCCAUCCCGCCCCCCGCGCGGCGGGUGAGCGAACGAGUGAAGAAUGCGAGACCUAACGGCUCAGGUAACGAGCAGUCUGCUGCAGUUUCCAGAGGUGACUGUUGAGGCACUUGGGGAAGAUGAGAUCACCCUAGACUCUGUGUUGUGUGGGAAGUUUUCUGGAGGCAGAAGUGGCCUGGCGUGGCUGGCGUGUGGCCCCCAGCUGGAGGUGGUGAACUCGGUGACAGGAGAGCGGCUCUCUGCGUAUCGCUUCAGCGGAGUGAACGAGCAGCCUCCCACUGUUCGUGUGGUGAAGGAGUUCUCUUGGCAGAAGAGGACUGGGCUCCUGGUUGGGUUGGAGGAAGCAGAGGGGAGUGUUCUCUGUCUGUACGAUCUUGGGAUCUCAAGAGUGGUUAAAGCAGUUGUUCUUCCAGGAAGGGUGACUGCCAUCGAACCCAUCAGCAAUGACGGCGGAGCCAGCGUGAGCACCCGGCACCUGCAUCAGAGUCUGCGAUGGCUCUUUGGAGUGACAGCAGUGGCCACAGAUGUUGGCCACGUCCUUCUGGUUGACCUUUGUUUGGAUGAUUUAUCUUGCAGUCAGAAUGAAGUAGAAGCAUCAGAUUUAGAAGUCGUCACUAGAAUUCCUGCUGAAGUUCCACAAAGAAGAGAAGCUGUGACCAGAGAAGGGAGGCAUCUCUGUUUUCAAUUACGAAGUCCUUCAGGAACAGCAGUAUCAACCCUGUGCUACAUAAGCAGAAGCAACCAGCUCGUUGUGGGUUUUUCUGAUGGCUACUUGUCACUAUGGAAUAUGAAAACUUUGAAGAGGGAGCACCACUCCCAGCUUGAAGGAGGAAGGAUUCCUAUCUAUGCAGUUACUUUUCAAGAGCCUGAGAAUGAUCCCCGCAAUUGUUGCUACUUGUGGGCUGUUCAGUCUACCCAGCAAAGUGAAGGUGAUGUUGUGAGUUUACAUCUGUUGCAGUUAGCAUUUGGUGACAGGAAACGGCUGGCAUCAGGACAAGUCAUGUACGAGGGUUUGGAAUACUGUGAUGAAAGGUACAGUUUAGACCUCACUGGUGGAAUCUUCCCCUUGAGAGGGCAGACCAGCAAUACUAAACUACUCAGCUGUCAGACCAUAGAAAAAUUUCGCAACCAUGCUGACAGAGAAGAUAAUGUUAAUGAAGUAAUCUCUCCUGACACCAGUGUAUCAAUCUUCAGUUGGCAAGUGAAUACCUAUGGUCAGGGAAAGCCAUCUACUUACUUGGGUGUGUUUGACAUCAAUCGCUGGUAUCAUGCUCAAAUGCCAGACUCACUGAGGCCAGAAGAAGUGCUUCAUGAUUGCCCCUAUUUUGCACUGUGGUCACUGGAUCCUGUAAUAAGCAUGACUUCUCCAAACCUCAUUUUGGAUAUUCUGGUACACGAGCGUAGUCUAAGUCGGGGGGUGCCUCCUUCUUAUCCACCACCUGAGCAGUUUUUUAAUCCAAGCACCUAUAAUUUUGAUGUGACGUGCUUGCUCAGCUCAGGAGUUGUUCACAUGACUUGCACCGGCUUCCAGAAGGAGACCCUGAAGUUUUUGAAGAAAUCUGGUCCUUUAAUCAGUGAAGCCAUUCGUGACAGCUACACUCGGUGUCUUGUAGCUGGCUUGCUGUCUCCAAGACUGGUUGAUGUCCAGCCAUCCAGUCUGAGUCAGGAGGAGCAGUUAGAAGCAGUGUUGUCAGCUGCUGUGCAGACAGGUUCUUUAGAACUUCUGACGGGAUGCAUUAAACACUGGACUUCUGAAGGUAAUGGUGCCUGCAUAGUUUUUAUGUUGUGUCCGUUUUGGUUAGAAAUUGUGGCUUCAUGUUUUGUUUUUUUUUUUCUUUCUCUUUUUAAAGAGCAGCCAAGUUCUGCUGUAAAUUUACGGUUUGUGCUUGAGUGGACGUGGAACAAAGUGAUCUGUACAAAAGAUGAACUGGACCAAAUAUGUGUUCCACUGUUUGAUGGCUCCUGCAACUUCAUUGACCCACAGACCUUACAGUCCCUUCAGCACUGCCAGCUGCUUCUGAGCAACCUCAGCACAGUCCUGAACUGUUUUCUAACAGAAGCCCGAGAGCUUACUGAGAGAGGUUUUACAGACUUGACAAAUAAGCAGGUGGUAACCAGCCUCAUUUCUUUGUAUGCACAAGUGGUGAUCUGGUUCUGUCGAUCCAGCCUCCUUCCUGAGGGUUUAGAUGAUCACAUGCAUUUGUCUAGACCUUUCUACAAUUACCCUCUGAUUCAGAGCUACUACACAGGUCACCGACAGAAACUCGAGCGUUUAUCAAGAGGAAAAUGGAAUUCUGACUGCUUGAUGAUUGAUGGAAUGGUUUCCCAGCUGGGAGAGCAAGUGGAGAAGUUGUGGCGGAGAGAUGAAGGUGGCACUGGGAAAUACCCACCUGUUAGUUUACAUGCACUGCUGGAUCUCUAUUUGCUAGAAAGCAUUGAAGAAAGUGACAAACAUGCAAUUACAAUUUACUUGCUGCUGGAUAUCAUGCAUUCCUUCCCAAAUAAAACAGGAAGUUCAAUCGACUCCUUUCCAACUGCCUUUGCUAUCCCUUGGGGUCUUGUUAAGCUGGUUCAAGGGUUUUGGCUUCUUGAUCACAAUGAUUAUGAAAAUGCCCUGACCCUGCUCUUCCAUCCGGCUACAAUCAAGACUGUGUCAUGGCAGCACAUGAGGAUAAUUCAGUCCCUCAUGUGCCAGGGAGAGCACAGGAGAGCCCUCAGGUACAUGCAGAUGAUGAAGCCGUCGAUGUCCAGCAGCAGCGAAGUGCGGCUGUUCCUCACCGUGCUGCUGUCCAACAGGUGCAUGGUGGAGGCUUGGGGUCUGUUGCAGCAACACACCACCAAGUUGAACAUAGAAGAGCUGCUAAAGCACAUGUAUGAAAUCUGUCAGGAGAUGGGGCUCAUGGAGGAUUUGCUGAAGCUGCCUUUCACAGACACGGAAAAAGAGUGUUUGGAGAAGUUUUUACAGACCAAAUCUGGUGUUCAGAACUGUGAAUUCCUCUUAGUCCACCAUCUGCAGCGUGCCAACUACAUCCCAGCACUCCAGCUGAAUCAGUCCAUGAAGACCAAUCUGACAAAUGAUCGUGAUCCUCGCUUGAGAGAGAGAGCAGUUGCCAGAAACUCUCUAUUAGACCAGUAUGGCAAGGUCCUUCCCACAGUUCAAAGGAAGCUGGCAGUGGAGAGAGCCAAGCCAUACCGUUUGCCUUCAUCAGUCUUGAGAGAAGUCCCAAGGCCAAAGCCAUUAUCAACAGCAACAAGGCAGGCUAAUGCAGGAAAUGUGCAUACAAGAGCAACUUUUAUCAGUAAGGUCUUGUCUAAAAUUGGAGAAGUAUGGUUAGGAAAUGAGCAGAGAAGAAAUACCUCACAAUAUGAUAGUCCUAGAGCUACAGAGCCAGCAGUCAGUACUCAUCCUCUCUCUGGUGCAGAGUUGCCUGAUGCAUUUCUUGGGACACCUAUUACAAAACUUUCUCAAAAGUGUUCAAGGUUGCUGGAUUUGGUGGUUCGUCCUGUUCCUUCCUGCUCUGUGGCACAGGAUGAGAGCCAGCAGUCCCCAUGCAGGGCUUCUACUUCUUUUGUGGCAUCCAGCCCCCUGAGAUCAAAUACACAUCGCUCCAGCUCCCAAAAGAAUCUGCCCAGAGCAUCAGAGUUGAAUUUACUGGAAACUCCUCUUGUGGUCAAGAGAGCUAAAGUUUUGGCCACAUCUUCUGGUUUUCCUGGGUUUACUCCUCAGUCUAUUCUCAGGUCCAGCCUUCGCACUACACCCUUAGCAACUCCCUCUGCAUCCCCAGGACGAUCAGUUACUCCUCCUCUACGAGCAAAGGAACCUAGAAUAUCUUUCAGGGAAGAGAGCUCGCAUGCCAAGUGGACUGUUGGGGUGACAGAAGAUGAUAAAGUACUCUUUGGAGCUUCAUCUGAGUGUCAUCAUGGCUUGGUGGAAGAUGCUUGGUCUGAAAGUAGAGCUAAACCCACUCUGUUUACUCUGAGCAAUCCUGGGGAUGAUGGUGCUGACUUGCAGGGGUCUUCAGAAAGCAUAGUGGGAGAUGAUCUGGAGAAGAUGGAUGCCAGCAAGGAAAAUAGUAACUUCUCUGUCAGAUCAGACCAGACUACUUUGGAGUAUCAUGAUGCAAAAUCACCUAGUGAUUUUGAAGAUGAUGUCAUCUUUAUAGCUGCUAAACCAGCUAAUUCUUCCACUGAAGAAAGUGUUGAUGUUCAAGAAUUGGAGAAGGAGGAAGAAAGUGAAAUGGUUGAAGAUAAACCUUUCCAGAUGAAACAGCCAGAUUCUUCAGGACGAAGAAAAGAAGCAGGAUUUGUGGAAGAAUCAAAUGCUGAAUGUCAUACUCUUCCUGAGCAUAAGUUGCUGUUUAAAGGUGCUGAGGCUGCAACUUCUGGGGCUGGAAAUGAAGGUGAAACAACUUACCAGAAGUCUGAAAUGACCUCUUCCUCAGAGGAAAAAGCCAUAAUGGUUGCAACAAAUCCACUGCUCGCUGAAUCCCCGGACGCAGACAGUGAAUCUGUGAUAAGUAUCCUUGACAGUGAGGACAUGGUCAGUACUCCAUGUGAAAAUCGCCUUGAGGUCAAGUGUGUGGAUUUACCUAACGAAUGUAACCCUGAAGUAGCUGAAGUUGAAGAAGGCCCUGUUUCUAGCAAUCCUCCAAAAACUGAGGAAAUUAAGGUUAUAGAAGAUACCUCAGAACCAGCACCUGAAAAAUCACCAUAUAGUGAGCUAGAUCCAUCAAGUGAUCUUCAUUAUAGCUAUGAAAAUAUAGAGCAACAGUUUGCAUGUGAUUUGCCUGAUAAUAAAGACAGUGAAUGUGAUGCGACUGAGGGAGAUGGAGACAUUUUUCUAUCUCAGAGUAAUUUUACCUUAGUUUUGGAAGGAGAAGAAGGGGAAGCAGAGAUGGGAGACCCUACAUCAGUAGAUGCUUUUAAACCAGAUGACACAACAGAAGAAAAGCCUAUGACCGAUUUAGGAGAUAUUGAAAGCCAGGAACAUGUUACAAACUCGGUGUCCACUGUAACUGGUGAUCAGGAAUCUCAAAAUAUUGCAGAGUCACUCCCAUAUGUGCCUGAACCUAUUAAGGUUGCCAUUGCUGAGAACUUACUAGAUGUAAUCAAAGACACAAGAAGUAAAGAAUUUACAUCAGAAGUUGUAGAGCAAUCUAUUCAUGAAACCAUAGGUAAAAAGGUAACUAGAUUCCAGAAGGCAAAAGCUCCUUUAGCACCUGUGCUAGAAGCAGUGGAAGAGGAAACCAGCAGACAUCACUAUGGCAUUGCUCCAAGAACACGCACGAGGGGACGGCUGAGUAGAAGUCCAGGUGUUCUGUCAGCAGGCACUCAGCAGCUGCUGAAGACAGACAGCCCAGCUCUGCUUGGAAUGUCUCCUCGGAGAAGUACCAGGCGAACAAAAGAAACAUCUGAGACUCCCAAACUCCAAACAGAGGAAAGUGCUCAAGAGGAGCAAGUACCUGUGAUGCCUGUUACUCCUAGGAGAGGUAGGAAACCUAAACUGUCUAAUUUAGAAAAAACAGAAAGCAGCCAUUCUGAUGCACAAACCUUGUCUGACAGUAUGCAGCCUGUUACUCCCAGAAGAGGAUUAAGGAGAGCAAAGGAAGCUGCAUCUGAACUCCAAGAAGGGGUUAAUGAGGAAACGCCUCUUGCUGAAGGCAGCAAUAUUGCUUCUUUUGCUUCCAGAAGGACUAAAGGAGGAAAAAGUUCAGCUGGAAAUCCAGAAACUGGCAAGACUGACCCUGAUCAUAAAGUAAAAACAGCAGUCAGUCCCAGUAGAAGUGCAAGAAAAUUGAAAAGCUUUAAUUUACAGUUUACUGAAGAUACUGUCAAGGAUCAACAGGUGCAGCUUAGUGACCAACUCCUUUUACCUGUGCCAAGUAAGAGAGGCAGAAGAAGAAAGAUUAGUUCAUCAGAAGUUUCAGAAAAUUCUGAUCUUGAUGUGUCUAAAUCAUCGCUUCCUCAAACAGAAUUUAAACUUCCUGUCACACCUAGAAGAAGUGCUAGGAAGGCAGCACAAAACCUCAUGGCAGACCCAGAGCCUACCUCUUCUCAGGAAGACAUACGUUCAGGUGUGAAAGUAGAAGUCCUUGAUACUCCUAAGAGAAGAACUCGAAAAGUGCCAAAGGAGAAUCCAGAAAAAGUGGAUACUCAUGAGCAAACUCCUGCAGAGCCAAGCGAGGAGCCAGCCACGCCCAGGACUAUGGUCAGGACAGGGCGUCGGGGCAGGAAGAGGAGAUCAAUGUCCGAGGAGACCUCCCAAGGACCUGGUGGCAGUCCUUUGCUGCUUGAAGACAUAAACCCCUCGGGACGUGGCCAGACAUCAAGAGCCCUGACAGAUCGUGUUAAAAGAACCAGAUCCCGCAGGACUUCCAUCCAUCAGAAACUGUCUGUUGAGGAAAAUGAGGCUUUCCUUUUCUCUCCUCCUCUCACAAAGCUGACAAAGAAAUUUGAAGCUGGAACAACAGACCAUCCUGUGCAGUUGAAGGAUUUAGAUCCGGAUUUGUCUUCUCAAUUUGUAUUUUCACCCCCUCUUUUGAGGUCAAGGAGAAAAAAUGUAGCUAGCAUUUCCCGAAUUGUGAAAGAAGCAGAACAUCCAGCUAAAGAGGAAGAGGAUACCAAAUCCAUAGAGUCCGGGGGAAAGCAAAAAUUGAAGAGAGGUAGAACUCCAAAAUCAAAAAUGAAGAAAGCAAGCAAAACCACAAAAGAAGGCUCUUGGUCACCUCCACCAGUCGAAAUAAAAUUCAUCUCUCCUUUUGGAACUCCAGUAGAUGGAACAAAAACUAAACAGAAAGAAACUACAGAUGCAGCAGGGAAGACCCUAAGAAAGAACAAAAAAAGACUGUCUAAUUUUCCAAAGCCAGUUGUGCGCCGGAAGAUGCUGUAACUGUUUUUUAAAGUUUAUAAUGUACACCGCUGUUUGUAAAGUCAUCAAAAUUGUGUGAAUUAGUAAAAAGAAGAAAAAUCAUCUAAUUUGGAAGAGAUAAUUUAUAUAAAUUAUUGUAAAAUUUCAUAAAAAUGGUCUUCAGUAAGUAACUCCAUAUGGAGUGUGAUUUCCUCAGUCAAUGCAGUUUUCUAUUUUAUAUUAAGACUUCAUACAUUUAUAUAAUAUGUAAAUACAGCUUAUUUUAGGAAUGUUAAAUAAAAGUGUAUACUUCUCAAUGUGCUCACUGUCUGAUAGCUUUUUGAGGGAAUAUUGGGUUGAAUGACCCAUAUUGCUCAGAACUUUUAAUGUUGGUUUGUUGGAGUUACAGACUCUCAAAAGUGAUUCCAAAAGCUUUUUAAAAGUUUGUUUAGAAUUCCUAUAGCAAGUAAACAUUUUAAACGUACUCGUUUUAAUUUUAAAAUUAUGUUUGACCUUCUGGCACAAAUAAUUGGACAUACAAUACAUACUGGUAAUUCCUUACAUUCACGGUUAAGUUGUACUGUAUUGAAAUCAGAAUGUAAACAAUUGUGUUUUAAGCUGUGCAAUAUUUUUUUUGUAUUUGUCUUAAACUUUGGGAAAGCUGCUCUUGAGUUCAUAAAACCAGGUCACACCUCA